AUGGCAAUGGACGUGAACGGAAGCACCGAAACACACAUUUUGGAGACAAUUUAUGAUAUUGUGGAGCUCGUAGACGUGUUUCUGACCUUUUUUGGCCUUCUGAUGGCCCUAUAUUACACCAGAUGUGUGCUCAGGUCGAGCUUGAUCCAUGUCAAUUUGAAAUUUAUUUUGGUGAGUUUUGAGAUUUUUUAAGAUUUUUCGCAUUUUUUUACUUUUUUGCUAUUUUUUUACUUUUUUUAAUUCAAAAAAACCACUUUACGAAGCUCCGAACAAAGUCCCAGCAAUUCGGAGAGACUUCCGAGCACGGCCAUGAUAGCUCAGUUGGGAGAGCGUUAGACUGAAGAUCUAAAGGUCGCCGGUUCGAUCCCGGCUCGUGGCAUUUUUUAUUUUUGUUUUCUUUGGGGUAUCAUGGAGUGGUAAAUAAUUUAGCAGUCUAGCCAGGUUUGAUUUUAAGUCCCAAUUAUGAUUAUCGAUACCGUAUUUUACAAAAUUUCAUCUGAAUUUGAAGAAAAAAGUGUUUAUACGAAAUUUUUGAUUAUGGGAAAAAAUAUGCCUUAUAUGACAGUUAAAAAGUUUUAACGUAUUUUACACACGGUCUAAAGACCACAUAGGCUUCAUUUUAUAUUGUACUAGAUAUAAAGUUUUCAAAAUUCAAAAAAAAUUUUUUUUUUGUUUUAGUUGGUGAAAAAAAUUAUGCAUGUAAUGAGACGGAAAGACAAUACAGCGUAUUUUACAAUGGAUGUAAAAUUAUUUUUAAGCCAUUUUAUCUUAUUUUAUCCAUUUCAUUUCAAAAAAAAUCGGAAAAAGAGAAAUAUUUUGGUUUCUUCGUAUUUUACCGUAUAAACUUGACUUAAACUUUUUAUAUUUGACAUCUUCGUACUCUUUACGAUCUAUUUUUUCAGUUAGCCGCCUCUUUUUACUUCAAUAUGAGUGCAUUUUCGCGGGUUUUCCUUCGAAAUUCCGAUCCCGAUUCCUCAAAUUAUGACGUCAUUUUGCUCCUGUGUAAUAUUGGAAAUAUCGGUGCGACCGGUGGUCUCAAUUUGGUUAUCAUUUCAAUUGUCAUCGAGCGUUUUUUGUCCACAAUCUACGCCGCAACAUACGACGAGCGGGGUUGGAGGUUCGGAGCGAUUUUUGUGUUGGUCCACAUCUCCUAUUUCAUCUCGUAUGUGGUCGUCACACUGCUCUACGAAGAGACGAUGGCGGCGGACUACAUGGCCGUCCCCAACGAGCCUUGUAUUUUGUACAAACGGCCGAUAAUUUUGAGUGUGGUUUGGAUAAUAUACCCCACGAUAACCAUGCCAUUCCUCCCAUUAUUGUACUCUAUUUUUAUGCUGAAUAAGCGUAAGAACCAGAGAUUGAUCGAUUAUGACCUGGGCAUUCGCUUUCAAUACCAGCAGAAUAUCAAUACCCUUAGGCAAGCGAUCCGAAUCUCGGUGGUGGUGGCGUUCAUUAGCAUGGUCGGAAUCGUAUGCGUCCUCAUAAUUUUGUACAAAAUGGUGGUGCUAAAGGAAACGGAGAUUACAUGGACUUAUAAACUGCUACUCAAUGUGAGUCGAAUUUUGGGAUUUUCUGAAAUUUUUUCGAUUUUUUGAAAUUUUAUGAUGGAAUAGGGCAUAAAAAAUGAUAAAAUCAGAUUAACAGGGUAUAUUAGAUUGCUACAAGCCAUUUUUCAGUAUUUUUGACGAUUCUCAGGUUUUCGUGGCGGGACCCAAAUUCAAUAAAAAACGCUGUUUUUGGAAAUAAGACGAAAGAUUUAACUCAUUUUUUGCAAGAGCUGUUCAACAGAUCAUUCUCGAGCAUUUUUGAGACAUUUCCCAGUAGUUUUGGUGACUUUCAGGUUUUCGUGGUGGGACCCAAAAAAUCGAAAUUGUGGUCUUUUUUGUCGCCUAAUUUAACUACUUUUUUUAACUACACUAUAUUCGGAGAAAGAUGCAAUGACAUGCUUCAGAAAUUGUGUUUCUUUGAUAAAAUCCGUGUUUUUUUUUGAUUUUUGGGUCCCACCACGAAAACCUGAAAAUUUUUCAAAAUUACCCGGAAUUCACUCAGAAUGACAGAACACGAUCUGCCAAUGGCAUUUUGACCCAAUUUGCUUCUCUUGCAGUCUCUGCCUUCCAAAAAUACAAAGAAAUCUAUAGCUUCUAAACUUUUGGGUCUUACAACGAAAAUUUGAAUGUCCCAAGUCGUUGUUAAAUAACUCAAAAUUAUAGAGGCUUCGCUUGAGGCUACGUAUUUUAAUUUUAGCUUCCCGGAAUUGCCUUGGAUCUCGACAAUUUCGCAUUUUCAAUUCUAUGGCUUCUCUGGUACAAUCCGCUUUAUUGCACCGUGAAAAGUGAUAUCGCGUUGUUGAUUGCGGCCAGUGAUGACGAACCCGAGGAACGGAGCAGUAUGAAACGAGAGCGGAUACGACAAGAAACCGAUGUUUACUUCAGUCAGCUCGCCAAAAGUUGGGACGCCCAAUAUGGCCCGGCUCCCAUAAAAUAA